CUGGAUCACAUGGAUGACCGCUCGGUGCUUCAUUAUGAAUUGGGCUUUUACGAGAAAAGUGGCACUAACUGCUAUCGAGGGACGCUAACGUUCGCUCUCCGCUACGAUUUCAUUCAUCGGGUUCUUAUGUUGCAUGUGCUCAGAGCUAAUCAUCUCUCAGUUGAGGAGAAAGGUCGAACAGUUGAUCCAUAUGUGAAAAUGUAUCUGUUACCGGAACGACGGAAUCACUGUAAGACGAGAAUUUGUAAGAAGACGUUGGAUCCGGAUUUCAAUGAAAUGUUCUCGUUUGAUGUCCCCUUCAACAGCCUUUCUGGUAGAAUGCUACAGUUCACCGUGUACGACUUCGACCGAUUCACCCGACACGGUCUAAUAGGGAAUGUCAUAAUGAGAGAUCUCUUCGAUAAGAGCGAUCUUUAUACUUGGACCGAGUACACUAUGCAGAUUGUUGGCAGUCAAGAGAAGAAUGAUUUUGGAGAUUUAUUACUGUAUUUAUUGUAUUCCCCUAACGAGCAGAAGUUAUACGUUACCGUGGCCAAGGCGUACAAUCUUCGACCGAUGGAUAUCACGGGAGCCUCUGAUCCAUAUGUGAAAGUGGAGCAGGUUUAUCGCGGCAAGCGAGUUAAAUUGCGCAAGUCAUCCUGUAAGAGGGCUAACUUGAACCCUGUCUAUCACGAAACCUUAGAGUACGAUCUGCCAUUGAGUCAGGUUGCAGAAACCAACAUUCUUGUGCAGGUCAUGGACUGGGAUCGAAUAGGAAAGGACGAUCUUUUGGGAUGCUGUGUACUUGGCAAGGAUAGCCCGACUGUGGAGGGCAGGACUCAGUGGGAGAACUGUUUCCUUUCACUUGCUCAAACGGAAGUCAAUGGACAGAAAAGAAAGCCAAUCGGGCAAUGGCACAGUAUUCUAUCCGAAGUUCCCGAGCAAUUUCGAAAUAUUCCCAAAGCCAAGAAAUAG